GGGAUUUUGUACGUAGGGGAGAGCAUAGAGCUGGAUACAGCUAAACGCAGCGGUUAGAAGGUUAGCAUCUGAAAUCUCUCCAACUUCUAAUCACUGUUGAUUCCAUACAAAUACAAAACCUCAUAAUAACCUAAUAAACUCACACAGACACACACAAACUGCUCCACCACUUUCUCUCUCUAGUAAACAAAACAAAAAAGCAACCCCCUUUUAAGUUUUCCCUCAUUCUCUCUCACAACACAACCCUCACCGACAACAACGUAAGCUAAACAAACCAAAACACACUAACACCGCCAUGACCGACAGAGUCUACCCUUCCGCCAAGCCCCUCCCCAACGCCAACGCUGCCGCCACCGCCAACCCAUCUUUCCCGGCGACCAAGGCCCAGCUCUACGGCGCCACCCGCCCCACCUACCGCCCCCAGCCCCACCACCGUCGCCGGAGCCGCCGCGGCUGCUGCUGCACCUUCUUCUUCUGGCUGACCCUCACCAUCCUCGUCCUCCUCCUUCUGGCGGGUGUCGCCGGCACCGUCUUCUACCUCCUGUACCGCCCCCACCGCCCCUCCUUCACCGUCACCUCCCUGAAACUGUCGUACCUGAACCUCACAUCCUCCUCCACCCUCAACUCCCGCUUCGACCUCGCCGUCUCCGCCACCAACCCCAACAAGAACAUCCUCUUCGCCUACGACCCCACCGCCGUCACCGUCCUCUCCGGCGACGUCGACAUCGGCGACGCCACCGUCCCCGCCUUCCGCCACCCGAAGAAGAACACGACGCUGAUCAAGACCUCCAUGGUGGCCGCCGGGCACGCCCUCAGCGGCGACGAGGCCUCGACCCUGAAGGGCUCAAUGAAGAGCAAGAAGGGUUUGGCUCUGAAGGUGAAUUUGGAAACGAAGGUGAAGGCCACCAUGGGGAAGUUGAAAACCCCCAAGGUCGGAAUCAGAGUCUCCUGCGACGGAAUCAGAGUCACCCUCCCCGCCGGCAAGAAACCGGCGACGGCCUCCACUUCUAACGCCAAGUGUCACGUCGAUGUUCGCUUCAAGAUCUGGAAGUGGACCGUUUGAAUUUCAUCCACUUUACAGAACUUAGGUGUGUUCUGUUCUUUCUUGGCUUUGGUUUUAAUUUUAAUUUUAAUUUUGGUAUAUUUUUGGAGAAUUUGUCCAUACUCAUAAAUCAUAAUUACUUGAAUGCGUGUAAAUGGCAACGAGGGCUGCCGGGGUUUCAGUCGGUGACAGUUGUUACCAUCUUUUGUAUACUAUAUAUCUUUUUUUGCUAGACACAGUUGUAUUUUUCUAUUCUAUUUUCUCUGCACUUUUAUUC